GGAGGAUGCUGGCCGCUUGGCGCGACUGUGAGCUAGUUUUGUGAAAAGAAACAAACCGGAUAGUAUGUUAGCUGUUCAGAAGGGAUGUACUAACUAUAUGCGUUUUUCCUGAUGUAGCUACCUGCCUACUUUGGGAAGGUUGUUACUGAGUGCCAAGUAAGAUGGAGCACAGCCUUCUGGAACCUAUGUAUGGCGAUCUUGGCCAUGGACAUUGGGAGUCUCCUGUGGCUCACAGUGAGGAUUCUGUGGAUAUUUACUCUGGUUUGGACAACAGUCCCAGGAACAGUCAAAAUUCAGACAAAUCGUGUGCACCCUUCUCACCCAGAAGACUAAAAGACUCCAUGGACUUAUAUGAAGAAAUAAUUAAAGAGGAGCAGCAGGAAAAAGAAUCUACUUGCAAUGAGCUUAAGAUAAAAUUGGAUGCUGCGCAAAACCAUGUGAAAGAAUUGCUGAAAAAGCUUGAGCAAAUUCAAGUGCAGAACACAAGUUUGCACACACAGAAUACAUGUCUCAAGAAGAACAUAUGUGCUCUCAUUAAAACUGCCCGUAUGGAGAUUUUGCGGAAGGAUGAUGAGAUAAGCAGGCUGAGUCAAAGAGGUGGAAGGGGAUCUUUCACUCGAUCACAGUUCCAUUUCCAGAGGAACCAAGAUGCCAGCCUAAAUUCUGCCCCAGCCCAUGAUCCAGUAGCAUGCCCUGAAACUCAAGGGUCAAGGGGGAACUGUGUACCAAAGGCACUUCCUAAACCUCACUCUGAUGCCCGCAGUGUCAGCUUGCACCCUGAACCCUUGGCUACUUCUCUUUUGCCACCUCCCCCUUCUGUAAAUUCAGGAUCCAGGAGAACCAACUCUGCAGUUCAUGAUCGACUCAGUGACUUGCCUGUCACCAACAGUGACAGAGAGUCUAAUACCCUACAAACUCCCAACCAUAACAUUCUGGUCCAGCAAACUGGCAAAUCAUGUCUAGGGAAUAAUGACAAACCAAAAGAUUCUGGAAAGCAAGCUUUCGCAUGCCAGGACAUAAGUAGAAAGUCCCAAUGUUCUGAGGUAGGGGAUCACCAAGACCACCAGAGUGCCUUGGAUGCCAGCAAAGAAAACAAGUUUAAUAGUCGAGAGAAGUCAGGCAGAGAAAGCAAACAAUUUGAAAAGGAUUGUGUAAACUCUAGCCGAGGUAGGCACCAGCCCUCAUACUCACAGGAGGUUCGCGGGAGUUCGGAAAGGGGAAAAAGCCCUCCACAUCAGAGGAACCAUAGUCCACCAAUCGGUAGUUCACACCGCACAACCUCCAGUUCUCGAUCACAAAAAAUUAGGUCCAGAGACAUUGAGCCACCAGCUAAGGGCAGCAGCCGAGAGAGCAGGUACAGUCACAGCCGGGAAAGGGGUGACCGAAAUGCCCUCAAGUCCUUUGACCGAGAAGGAAAGCGCUCUGACUCUGACCAGGGCAGAUCCACAAAGUUGAGUGCUUCCUCCAGCCGCAAGGGGCCAGGAAGUCCCCCGAGAGAACAUUCCAGAAAAGAGGAGAGGAGUCGAGAGGAGCGAUGUUGGAACCGAGAAAGAAAAGGCAAUGUGACGGAUAAGAGCAAGGAGUAUGAGAGAAAUAAAGGAAAAGACACCGAUAAAAGUCUGAGGGAUAGCAGCAGAAAAGUUGAGGAGAAAAAGGAUAAAGUAUUAGACAGCAAAGUUGAUUCAAAGAAUGGCAAGCAAACCACUCCUAACAUAACUGUUUCCACUGGCUGCCGUGACCUGGCCAAAAAAGGCCAGGAGGUCAGAAAAGGCCAGGACAAGCACCUUGCACUUGUUCAGGCUAAGGUGCCGGUGAACUCUGUGGAACCAGAGAUUGCCGUAGGGCAAGCAGGGGAGAAAAGCCUUCCUGAAGAAGGCAAUCGAAAUAGAAAGUUAAGUUUCAUGGAAACACUCAACCUUACUUUGUCUCCGGUUAAAACACCAAGGCUGUCCUCUGGAGCCAAGGAACAGGAAAGUGGCCAAUCUGAAGAUGCACCUGAAGGUCCUGAUGGUCCUGAUGAGGAGACCAGCCAGUUUAAUUUAGGAGAGGAGUUUUGUGUCAUCGAUGAGCUGGACAGCAGUAAUGAAGCCUCUAACGAAAUGGAUGAGGUCUUUGAAGCACCAGCAGCUGAAAACUGUGAGGCGGAAAAAGGUCACGAGCCACUCCCAGAACUUGAGCUUAAGAAUAUUGAAAAGGGAAAUGCACAAGACAAGGAGGAAGGUGGAGUCCAGACACCCAUUUCUAGCACCCAGACAAAAUGCGAUUCAGAAAACAUUCUAGAGGAAAAUGCAGUCCUUCAAAGUGCCGAAAGCAAAUUGCCAAAUCCCUGUGUAGAUCAGCCCCCCAAACUUGCCACAUCACAGAAGCCCAUUGACAGCAAGGACUCUGGCGCUACAUCAAAAAUGGUUCAGGGUGAUGUAAUAACAGCUCAGCCAACAGAAUCUCCAAGUAGUGCUACAGAAAGUCUGACUGAGGCUUCUCUGGGACAGAGUGUACUAAUUGCAGAUGACAUCCAUGUGGACAGCUCCAACGGUGAAAGCAGAAGCUCUUUGUCUGUAUCUCCAUCUGUUAAAUGUGUAGAGUCUGUGGCCAAUGAUCCAGCUAUUGUCUGGAUCAUUGAAAAUUAUUCUCCUAACAAAAGUUACAAUGCCCAAUCGGAGUGCCAGAAGAGUCCUCUUGCCCUUCCGCCUGAGACCAUUAGCCAAGCAUCUACUUCUGUUCCUGUCGAUGUGCCUCCAAAGGUUGACGAAAUUGGUGAAGAAGCUUCUGAUGUUUCCACAGAUGCUGUGUCCAGCACAGUCAGUAUAGAGGUGGUCUCUCAGAGCAGUGACUCUGUUGUCCCUGGGGUCAUGGAAACCGUUGUGAUUUCCAGCACGAAGCCAGACAAAUAUGUGGAAAAACCUGUGACAAACCAUAGCUUUACAAAGGCCCAAGGUGCUGAGACUCCCAAGGUGAGCAGCACCUUCAGGGAUGAGAUUGUGCAGCUGGGACAGGGUCACUGUGGGUCUCUUCCGAUGGCGCAGGACUGCUGCAUUUCCGAGCCAGAUUCCACUGAGGAUGAAGAAUGGAACAACAGAACGGAGCCUUCAAGUUCGGUUCCAGUUGCCCACGACGAGGACUCCAUGAUGAUGACUCUGAGGAACAUAAAGCACAUUCCAGAUGCAAUCAGCCCUCUCACUAGCCCCGUGCGCCCUGUGAAGAAGAACCUGCCGCAGUCUUCUGGGAAUGCCCAACAUGUCCGAAGUCUGAGCAAAGACCUUUCAACAUUAUCUGGUGCAAGGAGAAUGGAUGUGAAUAAGGAGAAUGAGAAACCUCACUGCAGUUCUACGCAAUUUCCACACACGGACCCGAAUCAGACCCCACCCUCACCCUCCUCCCAUUCCGAAGAUGAUGAUGGACUGGAGGAGGGAGAGAUUGUGAGUGACAGUGAAGAGGAUGAGCCCUCGGUGAAUCCUUGUCCUCAGCUUGGAAAAACUCAGUCCGUGACAGCCAUUAAGAAACAUCCCAGCCCAAAGUCUCCAAGACUUGCCAAGAAGCUGGCCCAAAAGCCUGCAGUGAUUUCACAAGGCCAUUCUGGAAUGAAAAGCAAAACUACAUCCGCACCUAAUGACAGCCCCACUUCAAGUAAGAAGCACAAAACUGUUCUGCCUCUUCUGCCCCAAACCAAUCCUUCCUCCAUACACGAAGUUGUGGAUAUGUUAAAGUUGAUCCAGGGCCAUUUGAGAAAAAAGUACAUGAAAUUUCAUAAGAACUUUCCAAAGAAAUUAUUCUACAACAUUAUUGACAUGUCUCUCCGUUCUUUAACAGACUUUGUGAAUAAUGUUAGCUUCAGCAAAUUUUGCAGCCUAGAAAGCAUCCUGAAACCAAAACUUACCCGCAUAAUUUCUAGCACAAUGAGUAAGAUCUCUAAUAAUGGCAUUGUUAAUCGCAUUUUUGAACAGCAGUCACCUAACCUGAAAAAGAAACUGUGGACUUUUGUUGAAGACCAGUUUGAAUUCUUGUUCAGGGAAAUUCAAGCAACCUUGACCAGUCUGUGUAGCCCACCAGAAGUAAGGCAUUUUCCUAAGACUGAGAACAAAGUAGAGAGAAAUGGAGGAAAAAAGAUUAGCAAAAUGCCAGCUAAACCUCCUGUGACUACAGUCCCAACACUAAAGCGGAAGGCUACUGAGGUUGAUUUGGUGCAUAUGUCUGGAGUGCAGAACAAAAUCAAGCCUCCCACUAACAAACCACUCAGGACUGGAUUGGGCAGUAGAGGAAAAAACCUUAAAAUGAACAAUGAGGAAGAAGAUCAGCCAUCAAAAGCACAAGACUCUGCAUCUUUUCACUCUCCAUCUAAAACUGCUCUCACCCAAUCCAAGAAUUCCUCCUCAGGGGAGAAGCCAGCUGCCUGUGUUCGCCGGCUAUCCCACAACAGCUCGAUCCAGGAUAAAUCAGACUUUGAAAUCCUCACAGAACAGCAGGCAUCUAGCUUGACUUUUAACUUGGUCACAGACUCUCAGAUGGGAGAGAUCUUCAAGUGCCUAUUACAGGGGUCUGACCUGCUAGAGAACAGUGUGUCGGUUGGGGAUACUCACUGCUGGCCCGUGGGUACACCUCGGAAGGACUCUGCUGGCGGAGAGAGUUCCUUCCUGGUGACGACCCCAAACAAAAUUACCUUGACGCCCUCAAAAUUAAUUACAACAUGGUCUGCAAUCUCGCCGUGCAAGCCGUCUUCUCCAAGCCCUAAAAUUCGUAUUCCUCUGAACCCGGCAGUCCUAGAUGAGAGCUGCUUGUUGGAAGUUCCCUCCAGAGCACUGCCGUUCUGUAGAGAGACUCCGUCUUCCACAGUGUCUUCACAGAGAUCUUACUCUGUUUUAGCGGAGGAUCUGGCGGUUUCCCUCACCAUCCCCUCUCCUCUGAAGUCCGACAGCCACCUGAGUUUCCUGCACCCUGACAGCGCAGAGCCUAUGUCUGCCCCGGAGAGCGUCAUCAGUGCUCAUUACAGUGAAGAUGCUCUGAUGGAUGGUGAAGACGCCACAGAGCAGGACAUCCACCUGGCCCUGGACUCCGACAACUCCAGCGCUGGUUCGAGCGGCUGCCGGGAGGAUGCUGCAAUGCCCACCUUUCUGUUCAAGCCGCACUUGCCGAUGCAGGCGGUGGUCAUGGAAAAGUCCAACGACCACUUCAUUGUCAGAAUUAGGCACACGUCCACCAGCUUCGCUGCCAGCCCAGACCAGAGUCCCACGUCUGCCGACAAUGUGUCCCAAAAGGAGACUGGAGCCAGAGUGGAGUCGAUAGAUUCUGCACACUCCACUCCUGGCACUUCCCCCAAUGGAAAUAGCCCUGGGCAAUCUCAGAGUCCAGUUUCCAGCAACAACCCUGACCUCCACCUUCCAAAAGAAGUACCUUUGAAAGAUUCGCUUUCAGGAAGCAGUCCACCAGGGAAAGCAGUGAAUUGCCACAAUGUUGUUGUGCAUUCUUGUGGCGAGCCGGUGGAACCUGCAUCUACAAACAGUGAGAUUCCAGAAUCUGCAUCGCCCUCUGAACUUGUAAUCGUGACAGAGGAAGGCACUGCUUCAAAGAAGUCCUGCACGAUCAGAAAGAAACGGAAGAAGCACCACUCUGAACCAAGGGCCAAGAGAGUCAAAAGGGAACAUACCCAAGAGAAGGUACACAAGCAGAGAAAGAAAAGGUCAUCCAGGGGGUCUAAAGAAAAAGGACUUGGGACUCCCAGAAAGAAAAGGAAUAAAUCAAAGAGUCCUCCGCUGUCACCCAAUAGCUUAUCUGCCAAGAAUGUUAUCAGAAAAAAGGGUGAGGUGGUGGUGACAUGGACCAGGGAAGAAGACCGGGAUAUACUUGUUGAACUGAAGUUGAAGGGCGCUUCUCCAGACACAUUCUCUGCUCUUUCAGCCAAGAUGAACAAACCCCCAGCUCUGAUUGCUGAGAGAUUUUGCCAGCUGAUGAAACUUUUCAAGAAGAAGGAGAAGAUGGAUAGCUGAGUCUUCGGGAGCAAUGUAGCAAACCCACCUCACACCAAGGUGAAACGAUUGGAUUCUAUAGCAUCAUCAGCACUGCCUCGCAAUGCUGACACUGAUGUGGAAGUGGCAAUUUGGAGAGUGUGUGAGCUGACUGAUUAAGGCUAAUGGAAGCGUGCAGAGGAGCUGUAUUUUGCUGUUUGGUUGGGGAUACCUCAAGCCAAGGCAAUCAAACGAUGUACCCCAACAGGUCUUGCACUUAGAUCCUUUCAGACGGGCAAAAAUUGUGACCAUGAUUUCACAUUGCAGAAGGUGCUGGUGGAAUCUUGGUCCACUGGUGUUAACUGCCAGCUGUGGGAAGUGUAAGAAGUGUUGGUACAGCAUGAACACCAUUUUGAAAAUCUGCAGUUUUACCUUUUCCCCAAGCUGCAUUUAUUUCAAUAAUGGUUUUUUCUUUCUUCUUAUCCACAAAGUAAGAUUUACGGCAUGUGCAUCACAUGUCUUCUUGGGGGUGGCAGCAGUUUAAUAUAAAUGGUUGGGUGUGCACAGGAUUUAUAGCAGACUAUUCACAAAAGGCUAAAAUGUAUUGAUUUACCGAUUUCCACAUUUGCACACUAUAAUACACAUGGCAGAUAGCAGACUGAAGUUGUUGUUGGAUAAAGAUAGAAAUAGAUUGGGGGAAACUGGAAUUAUCCAUUGAGGUUUUUGGAAAGUCUACCUCAUUCAGAUUUUUUAUUUUCAUUUAAUUUUUUAUUUUCUUGCCUCUUGACCUCGUUUUGGAUUUUUUUUAAAUUUAAUUUGUCGCUGGUGAUUGUGUAUAACAUCCUUUCACUUUGAUAAUUAAAGGUUUACUAUGUGACUAUACAAGACAUCAGUCAGACUUCACUUUUCACAUAAAAAUGCUUAAUGAGACAGGUGAUACUUGAGCCUGUGUUUGCACUUGGCUUGUGAAGGAAGAAUGUAAUGUCCAGUCAUUCCCUGGUAUAAAUUAAACAUAGUUUUAAAACUUGAAUAUAUAGAUGUGAACUUUGCAUUUAAUAGAAUACCAAGCCACAUUAGUGAGUUCUUUGACCUUAUUCCCUUUGGUCAUUUUUACCCCCUCUGAAUUUGGAAAGUAUUGUAUUUAGAAUCGGUUGCUCUGUAUAAAAGAGGAUUUUGAAAGUUGAGAAUAUUUUCUGUCAGUCAUACAUAUUCAGUUAAAUGCCAUCUGCAAGUUAAUAAAUUAUGACUUUAACCAGACUUUUCCCUUUUUAUUUUUGGAAGUUGAAAGACUUUUUGGUCCUUUAGUAAUAUUCUUUCUUUGUCAAUCAAACUUGUGAAUAUUGUACAUUUCCCACAAUCUUUUUAAUAAAAAGCUAACUUAUCCUGGAGUA